AUGGCUGAUGCCGGAGCCUCGCAGCCACAUGGCCCAGGGAGCUCCUUCCAGCCUCCCAUGACACCCUCCGCUCCUCAGGUGCCCGCGCCUGCGACACCUGGCUUGGUCCCCAUCAUGAACGCGCCCGCGCCUCUUCUUCGUCCAGCUCUUCCUGGUGGCCGCCCCGGUGGCUCUCGAACCCCUCGACUCGGUCUCGCCAUUCCGCCCUCUCCAAGCGUCAAACCUGUCUCCCAAGGUGGUCAACAAGCUCCCGGCCGACCGCCACUGCCAACCAUGAACCUCGCCACACCCAUGGGAAGCCAUAUCACUCCCUACGAACAGACGCCGAGGUUCAACAACUGCGCUCAGCCGGGACAGUCUGCGGGUGCUGGUAGCGAAAGCAGCGCAGCUCACUCGAGGUCUGGCAGCUUUGGUCCCCUCGAUGGCAGAAACAGCAACCCCACAUCUGCCGGUUCCCAGUUCUCUGCUCUGUCCUUUGCUUCGCAGCUAUCACAGUUUGGUAUCCCUGUUGGGCGCGCGCAAGGUACCCCCGAUCCUGUAUCCGCGGUUGGCUCCAUGUACUCGGAGCGAAGCGAUGGCGGCGUCAUGAUGGAGAGAGAAGGCAGCCUGCAAGGCCUAGAGGCUUUUGAUAAGCUGAGCCUCGAAAAAGCCAGGGUUGGAGAUGUUGAAGAUCUUGACGACGAAGGCUGGAGAAUUGCCAGCAUGGAAAAGCGUAUAGUCGAAAUUGGAAAUCUUGGUGAAGGUGCCGGCGGUGCUGUUACCAGGUGCACGCUCAAAGGCGGCAAGACUGUCUUUGCUCUAAAGGUCAUUACGACAAACCCCGAUCCAGACGUCAAGAAGCAGAUUGUUCGCGAAUUGGGUUUCAACAAAGAUUGUGCUUCAGACCAUAUUUGCCGCUACUUUGGUGCUUUCGUCGACCCCUCUACAUCCACUAUAUCCAUAGCCAUGGAGUUUUGUGAGGGCGGCUCGCUGGACAGCAUCUACAAAGAGGUCAAGCGUCUUGGCGGACGUACAGGAGAAAAAGUUCUCGGCAAAAUUGCCGAAGGUGUCCUCGGCGGACUGACAUACUUGCACACACGUCGCAUUAUCCACCGCGAUAUUAAGCCCUCAAAUAUCCUCUUGUGCCGCAACGGCGCAGUCAAACUUUGCGACUUUGGCGUUUCCGGCGACUUUGGUACUAAGGGCGAGGCUAACACCUUCAUUGGCACCAGCUACUACAUGGCACCAGAGCGCAUCACUGGUCAAUCAUACACCAUCACAUCAGACGUUUGGUCAACCGGUGUGACCUUGCUCGAGGUUGCCCAACACCGCUUCCCCUUUCCAGCAGAUGGCACUGAGAUGCAACCACGUGCCGGUCUUAUCGACUUGCUCACCUACAUUGUGCGGCAGAACGUACCAAAGCUCAAAGAUGAGCCUGAGAUGGAUGUCUACUGGAGUGAUAAUUUUAAAUACUUUAUCGAGUGCUGCCUGGAAAAGCAGCCUAAUCGCCGUGCGAGCCCCUGGAAAAUGCUGGAGCACCCCUGGAUGGUCGAGAUGAAGCCAAAGAGAGUCAACAUGGUCAAGUAUCUGUCCUUUGUCUGGGGCUGGGACGGCGAAGCCGCAGCAUAA